AAAGUGAACGUGACUUCAAUACUGAAUCUCAUUUGAAGACAAUACUACCACUCCUUCUCAACAGUGGAGAGAGAAAGAGAGAGACGAUACUACCUGUGCCGCUGACUCACGAAAUAUCAGGGAUUCACUUGAAUUUAAUUUAUAGGUGGAGAUUGUUAUUAAAUAUGUAGUGAUGUGAUCGCUUAAAAAUAGCAUCUUAUUUGUGAGCUAUAAGUCGCUUAAAAUAAUGCAAUAAUCAAGCAAUUGAUGUGAGAGUGAAUUACUGUGAAGUGAUGAGAAUAAUGAGUUAAAUAUUUGUUUUAUAAUAACUAUAAUAAUAAUAAUCAUCUUUUGAUUGAUAAUAAUUAUAAAGUGUUUUAUAAUUUAAUUCUACAUAAGAAAAUCAAUUGCUUUUAUGGCAUCAAUUGAAACAAUACGAUGGGAUUUAGUAUUAAAUUUUAUUGUCAUUUAAUAAUUGUUGUAUUAAUUGCAACAUUUGCUACGAUUACAUUAUCACAGUCUUUAGACAAGUCCGAUGAAAGCCUUAACAAUAAAGGUGUUCACAAGAAGUCGUUUGUCAGCGAAAAGGGUCUAAAACUGUUCCGUUGGUCUAAGGAAAGGGAUCAACGAUUUCCUAUACGCCCACCAAAGCUUAAGAAAAGCAAUGCCACAGAAAAAGUGGAUCAAUCCAAGAGCCGUAUUGGAUAUGCAUCUGCUCUACAAACCCGGCAAAUAGCGGCCACACCAUUGACUAACACAACAGCAACAACAUUGCCAACAAUGGCAACGGCGUCGACAUCAAUACGCAAAGUUAGGAAAGUUAAAAGAAAACGACUUUCCAAUAAUAAUAAUAAUAAUACUAAUAAUAAUCAGACUGAUAUCUUUGAUCUGCAAUCGUCUGAUUUCACGCCAUCUUUGGCUAUAUUUGUACCCAAAAGAAUUGCAUCCAAAAGCCGAAUCAAUGGCCAAAUACUAUACGGAACGAUAACCGAAACCAAUAUAACAAGCAAACGCAUACCGAAGCUGUUAUUGCCUAAGAGUUUGAGACCAGCGAUGUAUAGUUUGGACGGUUUUGUGCCGCGACCGUCACUCAAUCGCAUCACAUCUACCGAAGCACCUGUUGUUGAACGACGCGAAUCGCGAUUUUCGUCCAAAUCCGAUAAAAUCAGAGAAAAGACUGCAAAAUCUGCUAUUAAUAAAAUUAGAAGAUUUGGUUCAUAUCGUAAUGCAAUCGACGAGCGGACGCCCGACAAGAAGGACGACAUCGAGACAAGUGAUAGCAGACGUCGCGCUGUUAUCACAAAACGCAAGAGUAUUCAGUCGUUGCAAACGUCUGACUCAAUAUCAAAGCCCUCCGUAAACAAGUUAUCAAAAGAUAAGCGCCGAGGAGUGGCCGGAAAAGACUUUCCGACACUGGAUUCGGUGCCAAAGACUAACUUUGAUUGCAAAGACUUAAAUAAUGGUGUUUACGCCGAUUUAGAGACCGGCUGUCAGGUGUGGCAUAUCUGCCAAAACAAAUACAAACAUUCAUUUUUGUGUCCAAAUGGUACCAUAUUUAAUGAGAAGAAUGGCAUAUGUGAUUGGUGGUAUAACUAUGACUGUCCAAAACUGGUGAAAUUGACCGAUAAAGAGGACUCCGAGUUGGACUCAAUCCGUGAAAAAUUGAAUCUCAGAGCAAAAGCUAAAGCCAAGCGAUCGCAUAAAUUUAUAUAAAAUUGACAUUAUUUUUAUAAUUUGAUUUAAUUAUUAUUUCAGUAUUAAUAUACUGUUUAUGUUAAACAUAUUUUUUUUGUUAUUAAUUGAAAAUAUGCGGCUAAUUAAAUCUA